AUGGGUAAAGGACUCGUCAGACUCAUUGGCUCCGGUAUUGCCUUUACUUCUGAAGCCGUCCAUGCAGCCCGACACCGAAACAAAGACUCCGUGUCUGUUUCAGAGACCACUCGCUCUAUUACUGGCGUAGAAAGCGAUUGUGGAGAUUCUGUCGGUGCAGCUCAUCAGACGACUUAUACAGUCGCCCUCGAAGGUCUUGCAGAGCUACCCAAUCGAGGGGGCCGCUCAGACUGGGGCAGCGAGAGAGGGCUCCCAACAGGAGAUGAACUUCCACCCUACUCACCCGGCUCGGAACGACAGAGGAAUAUAAAUGAAGCGAGAUCUUCAUCGGAAGCCGAAGAAAAGCGCUCUUCUGAGACAGGCGACGACACCGAAAACUUCGCUUUGGAUACCAGAAAUGACCGUGAGCACUCGAUGGAUGGAGAUGAGGCUGCCUGGCAACUCGACGAAGCGACCGAAGAAUUCGGAUUGCCCACAUAUGAUCAAACAGAAACCCACACUGGCCCGAAAGGUGCUCAGAGAGACUUCACGAGUGUUGAUAACGACUCCGAUGAGAUCAGCGCCCAGGACUCUGAAGAUGAGAAGGCGAAGAAAAGAGAGCUCAUGAUUCGCUCACUCGUGGCGAUGGCUGGGCCACCACCAGUGCAACCGCAGCGACUCCCAUGUCCUGUAAUUAUUCCUCAACGCAGGCCUGGUGCUAAGAAGCGUGGAUUCGUGCGUGCAUAUGCGCCCGUGUUGGCCGACUGCGGUGUCAGCCAAGAUGUGUUCUUGAAGUUCAUCAGUGACUUUCAUAAAGCUAGUCAGGCUUCAAUGUGGCUCCAGGUUAUCGUUUGCGCAGCCAACAUCACUAGCUUCUCCCCAUCAUUAGCAGUUGCGUUGACCGCUGCAGCUAUCCAGAUUGUAGCGGACACAGCACAGCAAUUCCAAAUUCGUCACCGUACCAACAGCUACCUCGAUAGGGCAAACCAAGAGAUCUUCAUGCCUCGUGGUCAAUACGCGAUGGUCAUGAAAUUCACGGAUCGGCCUCCCAAGCUCACGAAGAAGCAGAAGCAGCAAAGAAAACGGGAUCCGAACUCCCCUGACUCGGAAGCUGAUCGACUUGGCGGACUCUUCUCAACCGAGCAGAUCAAUUUCAAUCAAUCAGGAGCGACAACUGAUGUCAAUGCCGGCCUGUCUCAGCCUGAAAGACCUGAAUUCGACGCGGCAGCGACAAUUUCAAAGUUCACUCACAGCAAGGAGCACCCGCAAAUGAACGCAUGGAAACAACGCAUGCAACAUUAUCGAUUGGCAGAUGGCGCAACUAGAGGCGAAAUGCAGCUUCCGGAGUGUGCACCACUAGUUUUCCCGGAGAUUGAUCGAGCUGCCAUCCGGGUCAGAGACGGCCUGGAACCCAAGUCGAAAUUCCAGAGUGCAAGAUCCUGGGUUCGAGACUACAUGGAUCGAAAGUCUCAGGCAUCAUUCGAAGCCGAGCAUCAGGGUUCUGCGCUGGCUGUCCCCGAGUCCGGACGCAAGGCCUUCACUUCACGUUAUAAUGACCCCAACCACCCAGUGAAUAGUGGGAACCUUCUCACGGCCUUGAGCGGUGGCUUAUACCAGCCCAAGCCAAGCCUAUUCGAGCGUGCUGGGGCUGCCAUCAAGGAAUCCCAGGACAAGAAGCGGGCUGCUCAAGGUCUUCCCCCAAGUGAAACAUGGAAACAGAAGUUGGCCAGAAAGAAGAAGGAAACCGCCGGUAGAAUUAAGAUUCUUAGGGAGGACGUGAUGUAUCUGAUGAUCGUCAACAUGCCUACCGAGGAAGAGCUGAGUGAGUCCGUUGCUAAGUUAAAGUACCUCGCACAGCAGGGAGACCUUGGAAGUGAUGGGACUGGAGGGAUGGCUCUCGGCUUUGAUGUCUUGGACGUGGCUGACAUAGUAGCUCUGGCUGCUAAUACUUAA